GCAUAAAAGGCGCCAGGUGAGGGCCUCGCCACUCCUCUUGCCGACUGCAGCCACUCCGACCGGUGUCGCCCGCGUCCUCCUUCGCCAUGACUUCCUACAGCCUUCGCCAGUCGUCGGCCACCUCGUCCUUCGGGGGUCUGGGCAGCGGCUCCAUGCGCUUCGGGGCGGGAGGCGCCUUCCGCGCGCCCAGCAUCCACGGCGGCUCGGGUGGCCGCGGCGUGUCGGUGUCCUCCGCCCGCUUCGUGUCCUCGUCCUCCUCCGGGGGCUACGGCGGCGGCUAUGCGGGCGCCCUGGCCGGCUCCGACGGGCUGCUGGCGGGCAACGAGAAGGUCACCAUGCAGAACCUCAACGACCGCCUGGCCUCCUACCUGGAGAAGGUGCGCGCCCUGGAGGAGGCCAACGACGACUUGGAGGGGAAGAUCCGCGACUGGUACCAGAAGCAGGGGCCCGGGCCCGCCCGCGACUACAGCCACUACUUCAAGACCAUCGAGGACCUGCGGGGCCAGAUUCUUGGUGCCACCAUUGAGAAUUCCAGGAUAGUCCUGCAGAUCGACAACGCCCGUUUGGCUGCAGAUGACUUUCGAACCAAGUUUGAGACGGAGCACGCCCUGCGAGUGAGCGUGGAGGCCGACAUCAACGGCCUGCGCAGGUUGCUGGAUGAGCUGACUCUGGCCAGGACUGACCUGGAGAUGCAGAUCGAGGGUCUGAAGGAGGAGCUGGCCUACCUCCGGAAGAACCACGAGGAGGAAAUCAGUGUCCUGAAGGGCCAGGUGGGAGGUCAGGUCAACGUGGAGGUAGACUCCGCUCCGGGCAUCGACCUAGCCAAGAUCCUGAGCGACAUGAGAAGCCAACAUGAGGUCAUGGCUGAGAAGAACCGGAAGGAUGCUGAGGCCUGGUUCACCAGCCAGACCGAGGAGCUGAACAGGGAGGUCGCUGGCCACACGGAGCAGCUGCAGAUCAGCAAGACGGAGGUCACCGACCUGCGGCGUACCCUCCAGGGUCUGGAGAUCGAGCUGCAGUCUCAGCUCAGCAUGAAAGCUGCCCUGGAAGACACGCUGGCCGAAACGGAGGCUCGCUUCGGAGCCCAGCUGGCGCAUAUCCAGGCGCUGAUCAGUGGUGUCGAAGCCCAGCUGAGCAAUGUGCGUGCCGACACCGAGCGGCAGAACCAGGAGUACCAGCACCUCAUGGACAUCAAGUCCCGGCUGGAGCAGGAGAUCGCCACCUACCGAAGCCUGCUGGAGGGCCAGGACGCCUUCUCCAACAACCUGCCCACCCCGAAGGUCCUCUGAGUCUGGCAGACUCCUGGCCUUCCUACCCUGCUGCAGAGGGAUUCCCCUGGGUAGGGGCAUGGGAGGGGAGGGACCCUUAUCCCUGGCUCUCCCCCUGACCUUCCAAUAAAACUUUAUGGCCCAGGGGAGGAAGGAC